AUGAAAGAGGUGGUCAAGAAAGAGAUCCUUAAAUGGCUUUCUACUGGCAUAAUAUACCCUAUUUUUGAUAGCUCAUGGGAGGGCAUUGUCCUUGGUUAUCGAGUAUCCAAACAGGACCUAGAAGUUGACAAGGCAAAGGUAUCUGUUAUUGAGCAAUUGCCUCUACCAACAAGUGUAAAGGCUAUUAGAAGUUUCUUGGGUCACGCAGGAUUCUACCGUCAUUUCAUCGAAGAUUUUUCUAAAAUCACUAAGCCUUUGUGCAAUCUUUUGGAGAAAGAUAGGGAGUUCAAGUUUGAUGACGCUUGCAUGAACUCUUUUAAAAAGUUAAAGAAGAAGCUUACAUCAAGCAGUGCUGGACAAAAAGCAGAAAAGGUCUUCCAUCCCAUUUACUAUGCAAGUAAAACCUUUGAUGAUGCUCAACUUAACUACACUACUAUAGAAAAGGAAUUGCUAGCAGUAGUGUUUGCUUGUGAGAAAUUCCGCUCUUAUAUUAUAGGCACUAAAGUGACUAUCUAUACGGACCACUCUGCUCUAAAGUAUCUGUUUACCAAGAAAGAUUCCAAAGCAUGCCUGAUUUGUUGGGUCCUUUUACUUCAAGAAUUUGACUUGGAAAUUGUUGAUAGGAAGGGCACUGAAAACCAAGUGGCGAACCAUCUGUCUCGGUUGAGUGCUGAAGCUCAACAUGAUCAUUGCCAAGAGAUCAAUGCAGCUUUCCCUGAUGAAUGCUUGUUCUUUGUGGAUGACUCGACUACUCUAUGGUAUGCAGAUCUAGUUAAUUAUCUGGUUUGUGGAACUCUGCCACUUCACCAUGAGAAGAUGUACUUCUGGGAAGAGCCUUAUUUGUUCAAAAGAUGUGCCGAUCAAAUGGUAAGAAGAUGUGUUCCGGAAGUUGAGCAGCAAGAUAUUCUAGAGUGUUGUCAUUCUUCUGCCUAUAGAGGGUACUUUGGAGGAGAGAAAACUACUGCCAAAGUCCUUCAAAGUGGUUUCUAUUGGCUUUCACUAUUUAAAGAUGCAUACGCCUUUGUGAUCCGAUGUGAUCGGUGUCAACGAGUGGGAAACAUAUCAAGAAGGAAUGAAAUGCCUCUAAAUAAUAUUUUGGAAGUUAAACUCUUUGAUGUAUGGGGGAUUGAUUUCAUGGGCCCUUUUCCAAAGUCUCUCAAUCAAGAGUACAUUCUAGUCGUUGUAGACUAUGUCUCGAAAUGGGUUGAAGCUACGACAUGUGUAUCCAGUGAUGCUAAGACUAUGAUCAAAUUCCUAAAGAAAAACAUCUUCACUAGAUUUGGAGCACCCCAAAUUAUCAUCAGUAACGGUGGCUCCCAUUUUUGCAAUCAUCAAUUUCAAGCUCUGAUGAAGAAAUAUGGUGUAAAGCACACGGUAGCGUAUAAAACUCUGAUUGGGAUGUCUCCCUCUCUGUUGGUGUUUAGAAAAGCAUGUCAUUUGCCUGUGGAAUUAGAGCAUAGAGCUUACUGGGCCAUAAAAAAACUCAAUCUUGACUUUCAAGCUGCUGGUGCAAAAAGGUUCCUUCAACUGAAUAAAUUAGAGAAAUUUCGCCUUAAUGCCUAUGAAAGUGCAAGGCUCUAUCAUGAUCAGAAAAUUAUACCUAAAGUCUUUGAAGCUGGGCAAAAAGGGUUACUUCACAAUUCAAAAUUGAGACUAUUUCUGGACAAACUCAAAUUACACUGGUCAAGGCCAUUCAUUGUGGUACAAGCUGCUAACUAUGGUGUAGUAGAGUUGGAAAAUGAAAAGGGUGAGAGAUUUCAUGCAAGUGGCCAUCGUUUGAAGCAUUAUUGGGAUGGAAAGGUGGAUCGUCAAGUCUCUACGAUCUACUUUAUUAAGUCAUCAUAA